AGCGCGCCGCCCGCGCCGCCGGCCUCCACGCGGCCCCGCUCCCGCCGCCGCCAGGAUGGGCGCCCCUCUGCUCCUUGCCCUCGGGCUGCUCGCCCAGAGCCUCGCGCCGUGCUCAGGGGCCCCCGAGCUGCAGCCCAGCACCCUGUAUCCCUGGCGCCAUGCACCAGCACUGAGCCGCGUGCGGAGAGCCUGGGUCAUCCCACCCAUCAGCGUGUCUGAGAACCACAAGCGCCUUCCCUACCCCUUGGUGCAGAUCAAGUCGGACAAGCAGCAGCCGGGCAGCGUCAUCUACAGCAUCCAGGGGCCCGGGGUGGACGAGGAGCCCCGAGGCCUCUUCUCCAUAGACAAGUUCACUGGGAAGGUGUUCCUCAACGCCAUGCUGGACCGGGAGACGACCGACCACUUCCGGCUGAGGGCCUUUGCCCUGGACCUGGGCGGGUCCGCCCUGGAGGACCCCACGGACCUGGAGAUCGUCGUGGUGGAUCAGAACGACAACCGGCCCGUUUUCCUGCAGGAGGUGUUCCUGGGCCAUGUGCUGGAGGGGGCGGUCCCAGGCACCUUGGUGACCAGAGCGGAGGCCACUGACGCAGACGACCCUGAGACGGACAACGCGGCGCUGCGGUUCUCCAUCCUGCAGCAGGGCGGCGCCGCGUUCUUCAGCAUCCACGAGCACACGGGGGAGAUCCGCACGGUGCAAGUGGGGCUGGACCGUGAGGUGGUUGCCGUGUACAACCUGACCCUGCAGGUGGCAGACAUGUCUGGAGAAGGCCUCACUGCCACCGCCUCGGCCGUCAUCUUCCUGGACGACGUCAACGACAAUGCCCCGGAGUUCACCAAGGAGGAGUUCUUCAUGGAGGCCACCGAGGCCACGAGCGGCAUGGAUGUGGGGCGGCUCCAGGUGGAAGACAGAGACCUGCCUGGCUCCCCCAACUGGAUGGCCAGGUUCACCAUCCUGGAAGGCGACCCCGACCGGCAGUUCGCAAUCCGCACGGACCCCAAGACCAAUGAGGGCGUGUUGUCGGUGGCGAAGCCCCUGGACUUCGAGAGCCGCGAGCGUUACGAGCUUACGGUGUCUGUGCAGAACGAGGUCCCCCUGCAGGCAGCGGCUCCCCGGGCCCAGCGGGGCCAGGCCAGGGUCAGCGUGUGGGUGCAGGAUGCCAACGAGGCCCCGGUGUUCCCCGAGAACCCCCUGCGGACCAGCCUGGCUGAGGGGGCCCCAGCAGGAACCCUUGUGACCACCUUCUCUGCCCAAGACCCGGACACACAACAGCUGCAGAGAGUCAGCUACUCUAAGGACUAUGACCCCGAGGACUGGCUGCGUGUGGACGGAGCCACGGGCCGAGUCCAGACGCAGCGGGUGCUGAGCCCAGCCUCGCCCUUCCUCAAGGACGGCUGGUACAGAGCCAUCGUCCUGGCCGUGGAUGACGCUCUGCCUCCCGGCACGGCCACGGGAACCCUGUCCAUCGAGAUCCUGGAGGUGAACGACCACGCGCCCGCGCUGGCCUCUCUGCUGGCCAGCAGCGUGUGCAGCGUGCCAGAUCGGGGCCCGGGCCUGCUCUUGGGCGCCACUGAUGAGGACCUCCCCCCGCACGGGGCCCCCUUCCACUUCCAGCUGAGCCCCAGGGUCCCGGAGCUCGGCCAGAACUGGAGCCUCAGCCAGAUCAAUGCGAGCCACGCACGUCUGCGACCCCGGCACUCCAUCGCGGAGGGUCCCUACCGCCUCCACCUGCUGCUCCGGGACUCCGGGCAGCCGCCCCAGCAACGGGAGCAGCCGCUCAACGUGACCGUGUGCCGCUGCGGGCCCGACGGCGCCUGCCUGCCCGGAGCCGCUGCCUUGCGGGCUGGGGGCGCGGGCAUCAGCCUGGAAGCUCUGGUCAUUGUGCUGGCCAGCACCCUCCUGAUGCUCAUGCUGGUUCUACUUGCUGCACUCCGUGCCCGGUUCCAGCAUCCAUCCCAGGACAAGGGUCUGCUGCCUGGACCACAGGAUGACCUUCGGGACAACAUCCUCAACUAUGACGAGCAGGGGGGCGGGGAGGAGGACCAGGACGCCUAUGACAUAAACCAGCUGCGCCACCCAGCAGAGCUGACGGCCCUGAACCUGCCCCUGGGCGGGCCCCUGCUCCGCCGGGAUGCCCCGCUCAGCCACAGGCGCCUCCAGCCUCACCGCGCACUGCCUCACAGCCCUGCGGACAUGGCCAGCUUUAUCAGCGAUGGCCUGCAGGCUGCAGACAACGACCCCAGCGUGCCGCCCUACGACACGGCGUUAAUCUACGACUACGAGGGUGGCGGCUCCGCAGCGGGAACGCUGAGCUCCAUCCUGUCCAGUGCGGGCGAUGAAGACCAGGACUACAACUACCUCCGGGACUGGGGCCCCCGCUUCGCCAGGCUGGCAGACAUGUAUGGGCCCCCGUGAGGUCGGCACCCGCUGCCAAGCCCGCCGCCUGGGUGUGUGGGCCUGGAGGAAGGGCUCCUCAGAGACAGGCCUCAGGGCAAGCUGGCCAGGAGGACCCAGCUGACGCCAGUUCUGGCCCAGGGCAGAGAUGACCUCCGUGGGCCCCCCUGCUCUGGGCCUCUGAGCCCUGGAACAUGAGUGGCUAGCCAGGGAGGUGCCCUCCGUGGUCACUAGUGGCUGUUCCUCUGUAUGAAAGCUAGCCCCUUGAGGGUGAGUCAGAAUUAAAAA